AUGGCGACGAACGUGGGCGGCGACAUUCGCGUUUCCGAGAAAGACUUGGGAGUCGUCUUGCGAGACUCCGACGAGUGGUCUUUCCUCGAGUAUCUGCUUCAGAUGAGCGUGAGGACGUCUCGCGUGCGGCUGCUCGAAGCCUGGCACAUCGCCACGCCCCACCUCAUCAGUGCCUUUGAAAGAAGAACACAGGGCCGUCUGCUUACCUACUCCUUCGUCGACACCGCCUCUCUCGACGAGGACAACUCGCUGCAAGAUGUCGCUCGGAGAGGCUUAAAGAUCCCGAUGACGGGCAUGCGAUUUGCCGUCGGCAACUUCAGUCUACCAGGCUUCCCUCUCAUGCGUGGAGGCCCCUCCGAAGCAGACGAUCCGUUCGUUCUUCCUUCUACGGCUGUGUCGGCACGCCAGGAGGAAGCGAAGAAGGACAGAAGCAAAUUUCUCGAAGCCGCCCGUUCACAGCUCCUGACGGGCGAAAGGAGAAUCUUUGAGUAUCUCCUGUGUCAAGUCGGCGUCGGUCGCUCGGUAGUUGUUGAAGACGAGAAGGAAGCGUGUGGAAGUCGCUUUUCGCUCCUCUGGGAAUACGACUCGGCUUAUCUGGAGAAAGGUACGCUGCCCCCGGAGGAAAGUCUGACGGUGCACUACCAAACGGUCGACGACUUGAAAAACGGAGAAGACGGCUUGUUGAAGAGUGCGAAGGAUCAAGACACAAGGAACUCUCCACCGCCGUCUUUUCCCUCCGUGUUUGGAGACGGAAAGAGAGUGACGCCAGGCGUGUUGCCUCAGUAUACGUUCCGGCACGACUACGUUGUUUACGACUCCUCACAGAUGCCACGGCCGUUUGGGACGUGCAAACAUCAUCCCGGAGAAGUCUACGAGCUCUUUUGCUCGAUUUGUCACGUCGCUGUCUGCCGGCUCUGUCGCGGGAACCACCUUCACUUUGCGUCGAGCAAAGCGCUUGACGACGAAGGGUCCGGAUCCAUUGUUGCUGGAGGAAGAUCCCUGAUGCCUCUGAACAAGCCGUACCAGGCUGUGCUGCACAUGGCAAAGAAACCACAUUUUGUUUUGGCCGCACGGCGAACAGAGUUGGAGAAGCGUCUCGAGGAAGUGCAAAAGAUGCUCGAUGGGGUCCGCCGAAACUGUCGCGAGGAGGAACAGAGAUGCUACGCGAUCCUUGAAGAAGCAAUCACGCAACUGCACAGCUGCACGGAGGACAAAAUGGGGGUGGUUCUUUCUCGCCAGCUCGAGCUCCAGAGAGAAGUCGACACGAUGGAAUGGAGCGAGUCAUUCCUCCAGUAUCUUCGCAGUGUCCUCCCUCCAGCUGAUUUCCUUCACGCCUGGCUGAGACACUGCCGACUGCGCGACGAGUUGGACGCACUGGCAGGGGAGCCUUCCAUGCUCUCGCGCAACAUCUUUCCUGAUAUGCGCCUGCAAGGCCGCGUGGACAUCCUCACCGAUUCGGCGCUUCGACGCCAGGACUACACGCUCACCGAGGGUAGAAGGAGAACCCCUGUAGCGACAGAAGGAAACGACAAAAAAGGAGAGGAUGCACAGAAACCAAAGGGACCCGAGAAGAGAGUUCAGUUUGGCACCACGCUUCUCUCUGGGGAAUAG